GCUGCGGAUGGUUUUCCCACACCCAGUGCUCAGCAGCUCAGGUCGAUUUCUGAGACUGCCGAUGGCUCUCUCUCAAACGCCCCUCCGCCAGCCACCCUUGCCGACAGCACCCUUCAGUCACUCCAGGUCAUCGCCUUCAACGAGGAAUUCGAAGUUGCCUACUUCCAGUCUCUUCUCGCCAACGUCACGACUGGUGUCCCCGGCUAUGAGACAUGGAAGGGCUAUGGCAAGGCUGAGCUGGAGAAGAUCCUCAAGGUUAUCAUUGCUCAAGAAGAGCUCCACGCGCUCAAUGCGCUCAACGCCUUGAACAAGUUCAAGAAGCUUGCUCCUCUGCCUUGCAAAUACCACUUCCCGACCACCAACAUCCAUGACGCCAUUGCCGUAGCUGAGGCUUUUACCGCUGUCGUCAUGGGCACUCUUCAAGACGUCAGCCAGGCUGCCGCCGCAGCUGGUGAUGCCGGUAUCGUGCGAGGUGUGGCUUCCGUUAUCGGUCAGGAGGGCGAGCAGAAUGGCUUUUACCGCACUCUCCUCGGCGCUGUCCCCUCUGAGAAGCCAUUCUUGACUACCAACGUCGGCCCGUUUGCUUAUUCGUUCCUCAACAACAACUUCAUUGUUCCCAACUCGUGCCCCUUUGACGUCAACGCUCUUGGUGUCCCCAUCUUCACUCAGCUCAAUGUCGAGGGUGGUUCUGCUGCUCUUGCCGUCAAGCCCGAUGACCAGUGGUUCAACUACAGUGCCGAUCUUAGCUCUGUUAAGAACGCCGCCAAGUUCAGCAACGGCAAUGGAGAAGGUCUUUUCAUCACCUACUUCAGCGGCCAGUUGCUCCCCAUCAGCGUUCCCGUCAAGGACUUCAAGUGGAACGGUGGCAAGGUCUCAUUCAAGGCUUUCUUCCCCUUUGAAGAGAACAUCAUGUUCGGCCUGUCUAUCGCUGCUUUGACCGAUGGUAACAACUUUACCAACCCCGAUGCUGUCCCUGCCGCGACACUGGCCGCCCCCGCUAUCAUCAACGUCAACGAU